CCUCAGUGAAACAACAUGUUGGGAAGCUCAAAUCAAAUAAAUAGUGUUACACAGUGAUACACCACCACAUGGUGGAAGGGAGAAGUGAAGAAAAGCCAUGGUAUCAUUUCAAGAGAUGAGUUUUGUAUUAAUCUAUGUCUGUGUUUUCACAGUUAGAUUUCCCUCUCUGUAUUCAUUCACCUGUCAGUUACAAGGACAGUUCAACCUGAAUGGGAUUCACCAGACAGGAGAUGUAAUUCUAGGAGGAUUGUUUUCAGUCAAUGUUUUUUCUACUGUUCCUGACCUGUCUUUUACCUCAGAGCCACAGGAGUCUGUCUGCUAUGGUUUUCAUCCUUCAGGAUUCAGACAGGCUCAGACCAUGGCCUUUGCUAUUGAUGAGAUUAACAGAAACCCCAACCUGCUCUCUAAUGUUACUCUGGGAUACAGUCUGUAUGAUAACUGCAAUGAAUUGGCAAAAGGAUUCCGUGCAGCAAUGUCCUUAAUCAGUGGUCAAGCAGGAGAGAUGAUAUCAGAGAAGACUUGUGUAGGUCUUCCAGUCCUAGGGAUUGUUGGUGAUUCUUUUUCUACCUCUUCUAUUGCCAUCUCCACAGUUGUGGGUUUGUACAGAGUGCCUCUGGUCAGUUAUUUUGCCACAUGUUCCUGUCUAAGCGACCAAGAACAGUUUCCAUCAUUUUUUAGGACAAUUCCCAGUGAUUCAUUUCAGGUCCGUGCAAUGAUUCAGAUUCUAAAACACUUUGGUUGGACGUGGGCAGGUCUGCUCAUUAGCAAUGAUGACUAUGGAGUCCAUGCUGCUCGAGCCUUUCUCUCUGACUUGGGUCCAAUUGCAGGAGGUUGUCUGGCUUACAUUGAAGUUUUACCUUUGGGAAACAACAGAGCUGAACUGAAUAGAAUAGUUAAUGUGAUUAGGAAAUCUACUGCUAGUGUUGUCAUUGUUUUUGCAGUAAAAGGCCACACACUCAACCUAAUGGCAGAGGUUGUUAGGCAGAACUUGACAGGCCUUCAGUGGAUGGCUAGUGAAGCCUGGACUUCAGUUGCUGAGCUACAGACUUCAGACUUCAUGCCAUACCUCGGGGGAACUCUGGGCAUCGCUAUCCCUCGAGGAGAAAUCUCAGGCCUGAGAAAUUUUCUGUUGAAAAUACGUCCUGUCCCAAAACAGAACAACACUUCUGGAUAUAACAUGGUGAAUCAGUUCUGGGAACACAUUUUUAAGUGUAGAUUUGCUCCACCUCCAGAAGGUUGGCUUGAAACUGGAGGACAAUUGUGCACUGGACAGGAAGUUAUUGAGACUGUUUUGGAGGAAGAGUUUUUUGAUGUUUCAGACCUCAGACCAGAGUAUAAUGUGUAUAAGGCUGUGUAUGCUCUGGCACAUGCUCUUGAUGACAUGCUGCAGUGUGAGCCAGGGAGAGGACCUUUCAGUGGAGACACCUGUGCUCAAUUACAAGGACUGGAACCAUGGCAGCUCAUGUUUUACUUGGAAAAAGUCAACUUUACCACAUCGUUUAGUGAUCAAGUUUCAUUUGAUGAAAACGGUGAUGCUUUACCCAUCUAUGACAUCAUGUGGGUGUGGCCUGAUGGAAGCACUAAAGUUCAAAAUAUUGGUGAGGUUAAGAGGUCAGCCAAAAGUGAUGAAGAGCUCAUGAUUGACGAAAACAAAAUCUUCUGGAACUUUGUAUUCAAACAGCCCCCCAGGUCAGUGUGCAGUGAGAGUUGCCCUCCAGGAACUCGUAUGGCCCACAAGAAAGGGGAACCUGAGUGUUGUUUCGACUGUGUUCCUUGUUCAGAGGGAAAUCUUGGUACAUUAACUUGUCUGGUUGUUCUGGUCAUCUUCAUUUAUUAUCGCAGCACACCUAUUGUUCGCGCCAACAACUCAGAACUAAGUUACCUUCUGUUGAUGUCUCUCAAAUUGUGUUUCUUGUGUUCACUGCUCUUCAUUGGACGACCCCAACCACUGACAUGUCAACUAAGACAUGCAGCAUUUGGCAUCAGCUUUGUGCUGUGUGUCUCAUGUAUUCUUGUGAAAACAAUGGUCGUCCUUGCUGUCUUCAAGGCCUCCAAACCAGGAGCUGAGGCCAGUUUAAAGUGGUUUGGUGCCGUUCAGCAAAGAGGAACAGUUCUUGUUCUGACAUGUUUUCAAGCUGUAAUCUGCACUGUCUGGCUUGUCUUGGCUUCACCUGCACCACAUAAAAACACCCAGUAUUACAGUGACAAGAUAGUGUAUGAAUGUGCCAUUGGCUCCACUGUUGGUUUUGGAAUCUUACUUGGUUACAUUAGUUUACUAGCAGUCCUCAGUUUUGUCUUAGCUUUUUUGGCACGGAAUCUUCCAGACAGUUUUAAUGAAGCUAAACUCAUUACUUUCAGCAUGCUGAUUUUCUGUGCAGUGUGGGUGGCCUUUGUUCCUGCCUAUAUCAGCUCACCAGGCAAAUAUGCAGAUGCAGUAGAGGUGUUUGCCAUUCUCGCCUCUAGUUUUGGCCUAUUGGUGGCACUGUUUGGACCUAAAUGUUAUAUAAUUCUUUUGAAACCAGAGAGAAACACAAAGAAAGCCAUAAUGGGUUAUAGAUGCUAACAAAAUACAUUAAUUCCUUACAUGAACCACAGCACAGUUAAAAUUAAUGAAAGAAAUAGAAGUGAU